CAUUCGGCAAGCUUGGCCUUUUACCACAGGCCAUUUUAGGAGAAACUCUGUGGUCAACUCGUUUUUCCACCGUCCGUCCCAUCGUUGGUGACGUCACCCGUCCUCUCCGAACUACGAUACAAUCACUGCACGCCGCCUUGCAAACUCCACAGAACCACAACAAUCUAGCUUGGCUUCACCUGAAAUUUCUUCGAAAAUUUAGAUCGAAAAACCCAAAACCACAACUUUCUCUCCCCACUCCGUCAAUUUGGCGAAGUGCCCAGGCACCUGAGCGCCGCCGAACGCUUCCCGAACAUCUGGUAGCUUUCCUUCACUUUCCGGCGAGGCUUCGGUGACGAACUUGAAGGUACAGCAGAUUUAAACCAUAUUUUCUUCUCUUUCCGGGGGAAUUGCUGAGAAAUUACUUCUGAGCAGUGUCUCCAUUAUGAAAACUAUUCAGAUUUACGAGGACACUGUCUUUGCUCCGUGAGAAAGGAUCGCUGAAAGAAAAGAAUCUAACAGAAAACAGAUAUUGUUUGGACUGACCAAGGAUUUCUGCCUCCAAUCAUCUUUCCCUCUGCUCCUCCUCAGUUGUGUUCUGUAUAGAAGAUUUAAUGGCCAACAAGUCAAGACCAAAACCUAGCAAAUUAGCUGUCUACCUUUACAUACCCAAUAUUGUUGGGUACACAAGGGUUCUCAUGAAUUGUUUUGCUUUUGCUAUAUGCUUUUCCAACAAAAGGCUUUUCUGCCUUCUCUAUUUUAUUAGUUUUGUAUGUGAUGGCAUUGAUGGUUGGUGUGCCCGUAAAUUCAAUCAAGUAUCAACUUUUGGAGCUGUUUUGGAUAUGGUGACUGAUAGGAUUAGCACUGCUUGUCUACUUGUAAUGCUUUCCCAAGUAUACAGACCUGGCUUGGUUUUUGUGUCAUUGCUUGCCCUGGAUAUUGCUAGCCAUUGGCUGCAGAUGUACAGCACAUUCUUGUUAGGCAAAUCUAGCCAUAAAGAUGUGAAAGACAGCUCUAAUUGGCUUUUCAAGGCUUACUAUGGAAACCGGAUGUUCAUGGCUUAUUGCUGUGCAGCAUGUGAGGUUCUGUAUAUAAUAUUAUUUCUCAUUGCGAAAAAAGAGAAUGAAAAUUUGAUGGAUGUCUCUAUAGAAUCUAUUAAAGAGUGCUCACUUAUCUCUUUCCUACUUGGCUUAAGUUUGUUUGGAUGGGCAAUCAAGCAAACCGUAAAUGUCAUUCAGAUGAAGACAGCAGCUGAUGUUUGUGUGCUGUAUGAUAUCGACAAAAAGGAGAAGCAUUAAUGUGUUUUUGGCAUUGAUAGCCUGUCACAAUGUUUAAAGUGACGUACAAAAGUACAAAUUUUACUUUGUGAUUUAACGGAAAAGUUUUACAUACAUGACUUUCUUUCAAUCGUCUAAUGGCUUAAAUAGCUUGAUGCUGAUGGUACAAUAACUGAUUUUUCACUUAUCAAUUGUAAGCUGAACAUUGAUGGCUUU